AUGGCUGCGCAGUCGUUGGUCUCCGAGUCUGUGCUCGGAUGGUCUAUUUUCACCUUUAUACUUUUGGUUUUUGACCAUUUUCUGCCACUUUUCACCACUCAGAUCGUGGCUCUCUCAAAGAUAAUCCUGGCUUUCUGUUGGGUUUACAUUCGGAAAUUUCAGAGUCGUCAGGAGAGUGAAGUCGUUUCAACUAUCACAGCAAUAUGUGCACUGGCCAUUGCUCUGAUAACGUCAGCACUUCUACCAGUGGAUAUAUUCCUUGUUUCAUUCAUGAAAUAUCCAAAUGGCACCUACAAGGAAUGGGCAGCAAACAAUGAGACGAGAAGGCAAAUUGAGGACACUGUGCUGUAUGGCUAUUACACUCUGUACUCCAUCAUACUGUUCUGCGUCUUCUUAUGGAUCCCUUUCGUCUAUUUCUACUAUGAAGAAAGGGAUGACGACAACUGCAACAGAUGCUCCCAAGUGAAGAACGCUCUGAAGUACACAAUUGGAUUUGCCAUUGUCUGCGUGGUGCUCCUUUUAAUUGGAGCUUUCGUUCCACUCGAGGCCCCUCCUGGACAGAACUCCACUCAAUGGGAGAAAGUACAGUACCUUUUUGAGGAGCUUGGCAGCAGUCAUGGUCUACCUGCUCUGUCUUUCUCCAUCAGCUCCCUGACCUUGAUUGGCAUGUUGGCGGUGAUCACUUACACGGCGUAUGGUAUGUCUGUACUGCCUUUGAAUCUGAUAAAAGGCACACGGAGCGUGGUGUACGAGCGCUUGGAGAACACGGAGGACAUUGAUGAUGUUGAGCAUCAGAUAGAGAAGCUGAAAUCCAAGUGCACAGAUGGACGUCCUCUUUCCUCAAGGGACAGGCACAACCUGCAGGAGCUAGAGGGUAAACUGCAGGUCCUCCGGCGCAGGGGGAGACACCUGGAAAUUGCAGAGAGGAACUGCUGCACCAAAGUGGGCAGCGCUCUCAGACCUUUAAAGAUAUUGUUGGGCAUUUUCUUUAUCCUGGUUGCACUGCUCUUCACUAUCGCCCUGUUCAUUUCAAAUUUGGACAAGGCUCUCCACUCUGCUGGCAUCAGCUCUGGGUUCAUCAUCUUUGGCACCAACCUCACCAAUCCUCUGAAUGAACUUCUAUUAGCCUUGCAACCCGUUUUUCCACUGGAUUAUAUCCUCAUCACAGUGAUUACCAUGUACUUUGUGGUCACAUCCAUGGCUGGCAUUCGCAACAUGGGCAUCUGGUUCUUCUGGAUCAGGCUGUACAAAAUCAGACCGAAGAGAACUCGCCCUCAGGCUCUUCUUUUCCUCUGUAUGAUUCUGCUCCUGAUCGUCCUUCACACCAGUUACAUGAUCUACAGCCUGGCUCCACAAUACGUCAUGUAUGGCAGCCAGAAAUAUCUCGUAAAGAUGCCCUCAGCAGGUCCUGCAUCUGGGAACGCUACUUUAGGCACCUCAAGGACCUGUGAUGCAGAUGCGCCUGAGGACCAAUGCACUGUGACGAGAACCUACCUCUUCCUGCACAAAUUCUGGUUCUUCAGCACCAUCUACUACUUCGGUAACUGGGCUUUCAUUGGGGCUUUCCUCAUCGGCCUGACCGUGUCCUGCUGCAGAGGGAAGAAGUCUGUGAUUGAAGGGGAGGUGGAGGCCGAUGACUCAGACUUGAGCGAUGAUGAAUAUGUGCACUGAACGUUCAUACCAUAACUUAAAGGGUCUAGAAAGUACAAUUUUCAGAAGCAAAUAAAUGGAUGUCAGUCA